GCAUUUUGGUUUUAGCCUUUGCUCAUUCUUUACAUCUUUUAUUAAGACCUAUCAGUGAAUAUUCUUAUGAUCAGCCAAGUAAUACUAACGAUGCUAAUAAUCCUUGGAAUCUUGUUCCAACAUAUAAAUUUGUUUCAUCUAAUGGCUCUGUUGGAGAAUCAUCCAUUAUUAAAACUCCUGAUAAUAAUACAAAUUUAUUUACGAUGUUUAGCGAUUCAAGUGCAAUAUCUUCGUGGGGUUUAGUUGAUAAUUGGACUUUAACAUUUUUAUUA